AUGCUGCGAUGCGUCGUGUCGAGACCUGGCGCCCUGGCCGCUGGCCGGGUCAGCAGCAGGUCCGUCGUCGGGCGAGCUGCCGCGGCUGGCGCAGCGUCCAAAGCCACCACGGGCACGGGCACGACCCCGCAGGCGCGGCUGGAACUCAAACUCGACAUGUCUGCCGCCAGGCUUGACGGGCGCACCUUGUCCAGCAGAGGCUUCCGCACCGCCGCAGCCGCCAUGUCUCGAGCGACUCGAACCGAGAGCGACGCCUUUGGCGAGAUCCAGGUCCCGGCCGACAAGUACUGGGGGGCCCAGACGGAGCGGUCGCUGGAGAACUUUCGCAUCAACCAGCCUCAGGAUCGGAUGCCGCCGCCCGUGAUCAGGGCGUUUGGGAUCCUGAAGGGGGCUGCGGCUGCUGUCAACAUGCGAUACGGCUUGGAUGCCAAGAUCGGACAGGCCAUCCAGCAGGCCGCCAAGGAGGUCGCCGACGGCAAGCUCAUGGACCACUUCCCCCUCGUCGUCUGGCAGACCGGGUCCGGCACGCAGUCCAACAUGAACGCCAACGAGGUCAUUUCCAACCGGGCCAUCCAGAUUCUCGGCGGCACCAUGGGCACCAAGACGCCCGUCCACCCCAACGACCACGUCAACCGCAGCGCCUCCUCCAACGACACCUUCCCGACCGUCAUGCACAUCGCCGCCGUGCUGGAGCUCGAGAACGAGCUGCUCCCCGCCCUGCGCAGCCUCCGCGCCGCCCUCCAGGCCAAGGUGGCCGCCUUCGAGGCCCGCAACAUCAUCAAGAUUGGCCGCACGCACCUGCAGGACGCCACGCCGCUGACCCUCGCGCAAGAGUUCUCGGGCUACGUCGCCCAGCUCGGCUUCGGCAUCGCGCGCGUCGAGGGCUCGCUCCCCGACCUGCGGCUGCUGGCGCAGGGCGGCACCGCCGUCGGCACCGGCAUCAACACCUUCGAGGGGUUCGCCGAGGCCGUCGCCGCGCAGGUGACGCGGAUGACGGGCACCGAGUUCCGCACGGCGCCCAACAAGUUCGAGGCGCUGGCGGCGCACGACGCCCUCGUCCAGGCGCACGGCAGCCUCAACACGCUCGCCGCGGCGCUGACCAAGAUCGCGCAGGACGUGCGGUACCUGGGCAGCGGGCCGCGGUGCGGGCUCGGCGAGCUGGCGCUGCCGGAGAACGAGCCCGGCAGCAGCAUCAUGCCGGGCAAGGUGAACCCGACGCAGUGCGAGGCUCUGACCAUGGUCUGCGCGCAGGUCAUGGGCAACCACGUCGCCACCACCAUCGGCGGCAUGAACGGGCAGUUUGAGCUCAACGUCUACAAGCCGCUCAUCAUCCGGAACCUGCUGCACAGCUGCCGUCUCCUGGCCGACGGCAUGCGGUCGUUUGAGAAGAACCUUGUCGCGGGGCUGCAGGCCAACGAGGCCAAGAUAGCUCAGAUUAUGAAGGAGUCUCUCAUGCUCGUGACCUGCCUCAACCCCAAGAUCGGCUACGACAUGGCCUCCAAGGUCGCCAAGAACGCUCACAAGAAAGGCAUCACCCUCAAGGAAAGCGCCCUGGAACUCGGAGCCCUUUCGUCCGACGAGUUCGAGGCCCUGGUCAGACCCGAGCUCAUGAUUGGCCCCAAGCCUUACAAGCAGUAA